AUGGCAACUUCUGCCGGUCCCACGACAAGGGCCUGCUUCAGCCUGAAGAACAACAAGACCUGUGACGCUUGUCGGUCUCGCAAGGUCCGAUGCACUGGUAUGUCCGAGUUCGUCUGGCCCUUGCGACCACUGCAUUCCACCGAACAGUUUUCACUCUCCGAAGAUCCCACACAUUUACCAACACCCGCUCAGUCGGAUGGCACAGCAGGUCCAUGCGAGUCGAUUCCCGAACUCCAUGUCGACCGGUUGCUCGCGGGAGCUCAAGCCCCCGGCACAUCCGGGGUCCAAGCGAGCGCCGAUUCAGUCUUUGUUAGCGGCAACGGGGGGCGAAACAAUCUCAGCUUCUUCACGGACGCGAGGCUCCAGUCUCUUGCUACAUGUUUGGGACACACAAGGAUCAACGAGCUCGUCGGGAGAAUUUCUACGAUCAUCGCCAGUCGUGUGAGACGAGCAGAUCCGGUAUACUCCGCCGUCCGACGGCGUGCCCAGAGUCCCAACUUGCAGCUGCCCGACAAGGCCUUGGCCACAUCCUAUAUCAAACUUUAUUUCGACAAUGUUCAUCCGCUCUACCCAUUUCUCGAUCGUAACACUUUCGAAAAGACCGCAUUCAGCUCGGACCUGUCCCAGAUCAUAGCGAAUAGCAAGCCGUGGGCUUGCUUAUACUACUCGGUCCUGGCAAUAGGGUGUCAGUAUGCCCACGGGGGUAGUUUCGAGCCGGGCAAGGGCGAGGCAUGGAAGCUCUUUGUGGUGGCUAUGGCCAUCUUCUCCGACCUGGUGCUGCUUCCGGACUCCCUAACGACGUUACAAGCCCUAGCUGCCAUGGCUAUAUACUCAAGCAGUGUUAGUGGGUUGGCCAUUGAGCAUGCCAUCUUAUCGGAAGCAGCACGGCGAGCGCAGAAUCUUUCGAGUAAUGGCUUCACAGGGCUAGACACGCAAACCUACCAAAGGACAUUUUGGAUUCUGUACGGCAUGGAAAAGAUCUCCAGCUUCCACUUUGGGCACAGUUCGGGUUUCGUGGACUACGACAUAUCUUGUCCAAUCCCGUACAUUCCCGAAUCAAUAUUUGGAGAAUUCAACUGGUUCCUCUCCUUCAUCCGGCACGCCCGCCUCCUAUCACGCGCAUACACAUCACUCUUCUCCGCUGGCGUCUCGGGAAAGCCCAGGUCCUACUAUCUCGACACCAUUGCCCAGCUGACUGAAGAACUCGAGGAAUGGCGGAUGUCUCUGCCAGAUACUGGAUUCCAGCCAAAGGCCCUCUUCACGCUCUUCGACCACGUCAUCCACAAUCCACUUCAGUCCGACACAUGGUCCAAUCUCGCCCUUCUCGAGAUGGUAGGCGGCCAUUUUAGCCGCAUCGAUUACGCUACUGGAGGCUCCCUUCCAGGCUCCCUCGUCUCCGAGUUUUCGCAUAUUGCCCGAGAUUACGUUAGGGAUGUGCAACGCCGUAAUGGUGACCCGAUCGGGAAUCCGCAUGCUUUCCAGUCUCCGCCGAUUUCUCCCGGUCUCCUGUCGCCUCGGAGGGGACCGUUGCCCAGCGUGGCUCCUGUAUCUGCCGCCAAGCCGGAAACUCUUGCAGUUGAAGAAACGACACAGGAUGUACCCAUGACCGAAGCUCAGGUCAUGCCCAGACUCUCCCCGGCUGAUGGCAUGGACUGCUCGAUGCCAAUUGGACUCAUUGACAAUCAGCUCUUAGGCGGACCACCACCCGCGGGCACCGACGUCAUGGGUCUAUUCACUUAUUUCGUCCCGGACCUGGACUCGCUUCUGUACGAUGACUACGUGGUAAACGGAAACUAG